CUAUACAACUCUCUUCCAUUCUUCUUCCUUCCCACCUCAGCUUCUCUUUCCCCUUUAUUUCUUUUGUCAGGAUUCCCUUCCGUCACUACAUAACAAAAGAAUUCCAUAAACAAAAACCCACAUAUCACACACUCUGCUUUCCCCUGCAUCUUCAUCUACUACUACUACUACUACAAGUAGAAGCAGAAGAAGCAGCCGCCUUAUCUCUUGUUUCUACUCAUUACCCAUUAUACUCUGCCUCUCUACAAACCAAUACAUGUCGACUAGAGCCACGCCGGAGCUUUCCUCCAGCUCCAAACGCCACUUCCACUGGACCAACAAGGUUGGAACCGAAGAAGACGACGAAAUCCCCCCACCAACCGCCGCCAAAUCCUCUGCAAUUCCAACCCUCAAGCAUUCCGCUUCGUGGGUCAUUAGAGACGAGAGCAGCAGCACCAAAUUCAGAAGCGGAAUCCCGACUCCGCGGAAGAAGCUUCCCGCCGUUGCCGUAGCCAGGCUCCGAUCCGUACUCUCCACGUUUGGCAGGAACCGGUUCGGGUUGUCGCCGUCCAGCCUUCCGUCGGGUCUGGGUCAUCGGGUCGUGGGUACCCUGUUCGGGUCGCGAAACGGGCACGUCAAUUUCGCCUUCCAGAAAGAACCCACUUCCCCACCUGCCUUUCUGAUCGAACUGGCGACGCCAAUUAGCGGGCUCGUGAAGGAAAUGGCAUCUGGGUUGGUCAGAAUUGCCCUGGAGUGCGACAAGAAGCAAGAAGGUAACCAUAGGCAGAGGAAAAAAGCUUCCCCUGUUUCGGGUACUAGCAAUUGUGGCCCGGUUCGGCUGCUGGAGGAGCAGAACUGGAGGGCAUUCUGCAACGGGAAAAAAUGCGGGUUUGCAGGGAGGAAAGAGUACUGUGGGGUGAAAGAGUGGAAGCUGCUGAAAGCUCUGGAGCCGGUCUCGAUGGGGGCCGGGGUUAUGCCGAGCUACGGGGAAGGUGAGAGGACGGAGAUCAUGUACAUGAGAGCUAAGUUCGAGAGGAUUGUUGGGUCCAGAGAUUCCGAGGCUUUCUACAUGAUGAAUCCCGACAGCAAUGGAGCUCCUGAGCUCAGCGUCUAUCUGCUUAGAGUCUAGUAAAUUAGGGGGUCUUUUGGAAGUGUGGGGAAGGAGGAGGAUACUUGGGGGAUACUGUUCAUCUCUUAGACUUUGUGACUGUUUAGGGAUUCUUCCUGUUUUUCAUGGGUUAGAUUUAGGAGGUGGUGGCGGUGGGGAAGAAGGAGAAGUGUGUAAAUGUAUAGUGGGUAUUUGUUUGGAAUACUUGUUAGUAAGUGGGGGGAGGGGGGAAGACAAUGGAGGGCCAAACUGAAAUCAUGAAUGUCUUUGAUUUUGAUUCCAUCUCUAGCUUGUUUUGUUGAUUGUUCAAAGGUUUGAUUAGAUUAGAUCCCAUUUCGUUUUGUUCACCGCAAACAAAUUUAGUGGGGAACUAGAAAUGUGGGUAUUUAAGUUUCAACUUUGAAGCACUAUCAAAUGAAUCGUAGACAUGAAA